AUGUUGGUGGAGGUUUGUAGUCGUGAAUACAGUGCAGAGGAGGCGCAGACGGCUGCGCUGGACACCAUGCAGAGCGUAGAGCCUCUUGUGGACGUAGCUGCAGUGCCGUUGCUGAAUUCGGAUACGAUGGGUCGUCAAACAGCGGCGCAGUUCCGGCCGGCACUUGUGGAGCCGCAGCAGACGGCGGAGUGUGUUGUGACGUACGAGGUGCCAUGUCCCGUGGAAAUGGAGAGGGUGUUCGGUACAUGCGUCGCAUCAACAGAACAGGUUGGAGACCGGUGCGUGCAGAGGGUGAAUGGAGCGAAUAGUGAGAAGGAACGUGCUGUGGUUGCGGCAGAUGGACCCGGGCAGAGCGCAUUGGCUGGAUGGUUCGGUAAGUAUACUCUCAGUGCGGCCCGUGGUGAAAUGCGCGUGCCAGUGAAUAAUCGUCAGUCGAACAAGGAGCCUAUUUUUCUGAAGCAGAUCGAAUAUGUUCAAGAGAAACCCUUCUCGGAGGUAAAAGGGCGCCAGGUCUACUACAUUGCUGGUUUAGGAGUGACUGCCAUCCUGGUAGGUUUCCUCAUUGCGCGCUUCCACGGGCGGCUCAAGACCCAAGGGAGAGAUGUCCGCAACGAAGAGUUUGUCACCGACGGGGUCUGGAUCGUCCCGUCUCAAGGCUGCAGCAUAUUCGGAGCCUCGGGGGAAGAAGAAGAUAGACAACUCAACCGCGCAGCAUCGUUCAGCCCACAACAGUUUGACAAGAGCAUAUCCAUGAAACUCGGCACCACUAAAUCUUGCAAGUUCUGA